UCCCGCAAAAUUUUCAUAGUAACUGUAGACAUCCUAUUCUUCAUUGUCUUAUCGAUGCUAUUCCUGUUUUUCAUGGGUUUUCUAAAAUGGUCGAUCGGCUUGUAUAUACCGGUGGUAGGUCGUUGGGGUUUGGAUUCUCUGUUGGAAACUAGCGGAAUGUCUGAGUACUUCGAACGAGAAUUAAAAUAUAAAUGCGUGGUGAUGGAUGAGCAUGGUGCACCGGUGCAUCCAGAUACGCGAAAGAGAACGGUUAGAAUAUGCAGCAGGAAAGCGGAAUUCUUCUUGAACGUGAUGUUCUUUUUGAUUUUCCCAUUUGCAAUUUGCUGCAUUCGUCUUAAGAAGACCUUUCGUCGGCCCGCCCAUAGACGUUACUCGAAUGGAUCUAAAAUCAGUUUGAUGAGCGACAAGAGCGAACGUCCGAGAACGAUCUGCGUAAGUAUUUAUGGCGAUAGUCAAGAUUCGCGUAUGGAAAUCGAGGACACCAAGUACGUGAUAGACGAGUUGAAGAAAUCUGAGGAAUCAUUACGUAGUCGUAUUAGAAGUAAAAGAAACAGUUCCACAAAAGAAUACCGUUCGCAUCAUUAACAAGAACUCGGAAACAGGUUUGACAUAACUGCCACACACA